AUGGCACGCCCCGCCUCCUCCCCCAAAGCACAAACCCACUCAACUUCAAUCGAAACCAUCUCCCCAAUCCGCCGACCACAAGCCACCCUCAGCCAACUCGAAAAGCACCAUCCCCUCCAACGCCUCCGCUCCCCCUCACGCACAAUCUCUCUCAUCGUCCACACCCUCGGCCUCAUCUCCUUCGCCAACUCCUUCUACUGGCUCGAAACGCACCCGAACCACAUCAACAGCUCCUAUGGCUGGCACUUUCAAUACUUGACCAUCAUCGGCCUGCUACUUGCAACAUUGACUUUUCUCUUCGGCCUCCUCGCCGAUCUGACGCUAUCUCGUACCUUCUUCCGCCUCAAAAACAUCCUAAGCGUCUGCUCCGCACCCAUGGAAGUACUAAUCUCUCUCCUCUACUGGGGCCUGCGCGCCAUCAACCCUGAACUCGUCGUGCCGAAGGAGUUGGAACUUCCUCUCGCUCCCGACUUGGGCUUCCACGCUAUCCCCAGCAUCGCCCUGGUCAUCGAUCUGUUAUUGCUGAGUCCGCCCUGGACGAUCACUGCCUUGCCGAGUUUCGGGCUGAGUGUGAGCAUUGCAAUGGGAUAUUGGUGGUGGAUCGAGAGGUGUUAUGAGAGGAAUGGGUUCUAUCCGUAUCCCAUCUUUGAUAUGGUGCCGUGGGCGGGAAGGGUGGGAUUGUUUGUGGGGAGUGCGGUUGUGAUGGCGACGAACACGGCUGUGUUGGGAUGGGUGUACGGGGUUGUAAAUGGGAGGAUCGGUGGGAGGGGAAAGGGCGGGAAGGGGUUGUGA